AUGACCGAAAUUGAAGAAUUGGUGGAGUCACUCUACGUUCCGCGGAACGCAGACGAAAUCAAGGAGACGCAGCGACAACUCCAGGCCCAACAGCGAGGCCCUCAUGGCUGGGAAAUGGCCAGACAGCUUCUACGAUCCAACAGCUCUAACUGCCAGUUCUUUGGAGCCCUCACAUACGCAGUUCAGAUCAAUGCAAGGGCAGACUCAGGCAAGAACGGGACGGAGGAUGACCAGCGACAGGUGAUUUCUGAGCUCCUGUCGUGGCUUGUGGGUAUCAGAAUCAGAGCAGAAGGUAAGGCGUUUGUGGUCCAGAAGCUUCUAUCAGUUAUCAGUCUGGCUUUCCAAAGAUACCCCUACGCCUGGAGAGCCCCCGUCAACAGUGUAAUUGCCACAAUUACUACAGGGGAGGUGGUUCUGGACGUCUCGAGAGAAAACACUCCCCAAAUCAAUAAUGCAGCCGACCUGCAACUAAUCCUUCUAUUUGCAAGGACUCUAGCUGAAGACCUGUCUCGGCCAAGUGGGUUUGUGGUCCAGGAAAUGAAGAUGGUACUCAGGGGUAUCAUUGAAGACGACAACAUGGACGCAAUUAUGGCUCUUUUGACGUCGGCACUCCAACAGGGCCUUGGGUUGGACUGUUUCAAUUCUUGGGUAGUCUACGGAUGUGGCGCUGACGCCAAAAGAAUUCUGGAGCGGCUGUCAGAACUCAAUAAUGUGUUGCUUCCAUUCAUUCAGACUGAGCAGCUGUUCGAGGAAUCUGCGAAGCUGGUGUAUGAUGUGCUGGAAUCAUGGCCCACUUACUUCUCACGCGUAUGGAAGACACAACUUAUUGACUUAUUCAUGGGUGAGUGGGGUCAAAACACGUGGCAGAGCUUUGCUAAUGAUAUGGACGUGUCUCUGGAUUCUGCUGAGUGGUAUGUCAAGCUCCUGACAAGUGUUUGUGAUGCCUACCCCGACCACGUGCUCUCCUUAAUGACUACCCAAAAGCUUGCUCCUGGAGGUCUCAUGGCUCUUCUUCUGAAACUGUCAGAGGGUGUUCCAGGGCUGACCCCUCUCGAGGAUGAGAAUAUGUCGUCCGAGCUGUUGGAAUAUUGGAUGGGUUUGCUCGACACCUUAUACGAUAACCAGGGGAAGAUCGACUCCGAGCUGGUUGACAGUCUACUUCUUCAGGUCGCCUCGAUCUUCUGGUCCAAGACGAAACUACCUGACCUGACAGAAUCUACCGAAAUGAAGGAGUUCCGACGAGACGUAGGUGAUCUACUCGAGUCUGUCUGCAGCAUCGUUCCCACAAAGCUCCUGCAGAAUCUUGCUGGUAUCGUGACCAGAAACAUCGCUGAAGCAGAGCCUGACUGGCCUUCUGUCGAAGCAGCACUUUUUGGUCUCAUCGCAGUGGCAGAUAGUGACGACGACUCGGUGUCUGUGGUCUGCAACGACCCUUCGCUCCUCCAAAAGAUUUCCCAGCAUCCCUCUGUCCGACUGCGAAAGAGUACCAUUACCUUUGUCGGCGUCUUUGACUCGAUGUAUGUUCAUGGCCCUUGUCUCGGAUCAGCUCUAGAUUUCCUCUUUGCCUCUUUGGAAGAGCCUACGCUCUCUUUGUUCGCCUCUCGUUCAAUCUCCAAGCUGUGUUCUGAUGGUCGAAAGUCCCUUGGACCGAUGCUGGCCUCAUUUUUCCAGGUGUAUGAACAGAUGGUGUCAGGCAAGAUGACCAUGUCAUCUUACUGUCACGAGAACACGGUAGAAGGUAUCGCAGCCAUCAUUGAGAGCGAACCGUCCAUUGCAAAGCAGUCGGAGUAUCUUUCCCGCCUGAUUGACAUUCUUGUUGAUCGAUCACACAAGGAGAUGGCAAGGGCAGACCUUCCAGACGACCCCAUUGUGUCCCUCUUCAAGUGUCUUAUUUGCAUUGGUAAGAAGCUUCAAUCAGUUGAAGAGGUGGAUCUGGAUGACACCAAUACCUCGGCUGUUGCUGCUUUCUGGCAGUCGGAUCCCAACCAUGUGCAGCAAAAGCUAUUGCAUAUCAUUACCACUUUUGCUAUCCAACAGGCUCCAUAUAAUACUUCUGUCGAGAUUUGUGAUCUCGCAUGUCUGGUAUUCAGAAAGGGCUUCUCCGAAGAAGCUGGUCCUUUCGUCUUCUCCACUCAGGUUAUCUUCGAGUUUAUCAGCACCAAGUUCAACCAAUCUCCUGGAUUCGCCCCCAAGGUAGUUAAGCUGGCUUCAUGCUAUCUCACUAGUACCACUGCAUCUGCUUCUUCUCGUGAUGAGUUCACCAAGGAGAUCAUUACCCUCUUUUUCGCAGGUCCCAACCCCAUUAUUAACGGAGAUGACGACAUGGCCCACGACGUGCUGGGUUUGGUGGAGAAGAUUGCUUCGACGACUCCGGAACUCUUCUUUGUACAUACGCCGGAGUCAUUGUUGCAUGCCAUUCUUUCUUAUUCUGUUUCGGCCCUUGCAUCCACUCAGAUCCUCGUCAUUUCCACCUCCACCAGUCUAUGGACAAACUUUUGCCUUCUCAAGCUACAGGGAGAGGCUAAAGAGCGCCACUUGAUGAUCAUGAAGGCUCUGGGACCCUCUCUCAUUAACACUAUCAUGAUGAAGAUUUGUGGGGAUGCUACUCGAUCGUCGCUGUCAUAUUACUCGUCAGUGCUACGGAAGUACAUCUACAAGUUUCCCAUGGAUGCAAAACACAACCUUGAGCACUUCGUCAACAACCCUGAUACCAAGCCUGUCAAGGCCAGUGACCAGGACGUGAAGACUUUUGUCGCUAAGCUUGUUAAUCUGCGGGGACAGAAGCUGACUGAUACCGUAGUUAAGGAGUUCUGGGUUACCUGCUCUGGUUCCGGUCUGGACUACAUUGUGUAA